AUGACGAACAAGAUUGCUGAGCUGGAACGAGAUGUAGAAGUCGAGCGCCGCAAGGUACACGAGCUUCAAGAAGCCUCCAGAGAGCGAGAAAAGGAAUAUCAGAAACUCAAGAACCAGCAUGAGAAAGUCAAACGCAAGGCGCUUUUGGCCCCGAGCGCUGGUCCUCCAAAUGGCAUGCAAAAAGCUGGAGGCGAAGCUAGACAUCCUGUCGACCCAGCAGCUCGGUUAGAUAUCGAAGCUGUGGUAGGAGGGAUGGAGGCCGUUGGUCUGCAACGGACUCCUUUGGUCAGCCGUAACGCAAACGGCCAAGUUCGCAGCAACUCCUUCCAAUACGGAUCGCAGCCUCAAAGGGUGCCCCAGUCUCAACACCGUCAAACGGCGGACGGGACCAGCCGGCGUCACCAACGAAACUUCUCGGAAAGGUCUGAAAGCGCGAGCGAAGUGGAGAACAUGCUACUACACCCAAGUCGCUCGCGCCCGGCCAUGAACGGUGGCAGUGCUGCUGCUGCUUUCCCAAGAGGCACGACUUUCAAACCUGGUCGCGCUCCGCCACAAACCAGUAAUCCCCCUCGCUCGCCGAGGUCCACCAAGCUCAUGUCGUCCAGGUUCUUCCAAUAG